AUGAAAAUAAAUUUGGAUCAGGCUGGUAAAUAUCGUAUUACCGAUUUCAUUGCCCAACAUACACAUGUGACAUCAACUCCCAGUAAAAGUCAUUUGCAUAGGUCUCAGAGGAAGUUAACUUUUGUCCAAGCAACUGAAAUAGAUAUAGCUGAUAGUUCAGGAAUUGCUCUUAAAGCAAGUUUGGAGUUAAUGGCUAAACGAGUAGGUGGAUAUGAAAAUCUUGGAUUUAUUCGUGAUGAUUACAAGAAUUACUUGAAAAUGAAAAGAACAAUUCAAAUGAAGGUAGGAGAGACAGGUGGUGUUUUGGAAUACUUACAAUCUAUGCAAUUGGAAGAUCCUUACUUUUUUUAUGCAAUACAAGUGGAUCAAGAUGAUUUGAUAAGUAAUAUUUUUUGGGCAAAUGCAAAAUUGAUGAUUGCGUACUCUCAUUUUGGUGAUGUAGUUAGCUUUGAUACAAAUUAUAGGAAAAAUCAAAGUGGUCAACCUUUUGCUAUGUUUUUAGGGGUGAAUCACCAUAACCAAACUACUAUAUUUGGAGCUGCAUUAUUAUACGAUGAAAGUGCUGAAACAUUUAUCUGGUUGUUUGAUACUUUUGUAAAAGCAAUGUCAGGUAAAAAACCAAAAACUAUUCUUACUGACCAAGAUCCAGCAAUGGCAAAAGCAUUAACUUCUCAAUGGCCAGAAACAUGUCAUCGGUUGUGUAUAUGGCACUUGUAUGAAAAUGCAGCAAAACAUCUUAGUGGAGUUUUUGCCAAAUUUCGAGAGUUUGCCAAAGAUUUUAGUAGCUGCAUAUAUGAUUAUGAAGAAGAACAAGAAUUUUUUCUAGCUUGGAAUGCAAUGCUUGAGAAAUAUGAUCUUAAAGAUAAUGAUUGGCUUAUAUGA